CAGACACACAAUCCCAGGAACCUGCAGUUUACCCCGUGUUUUCAAAGUAGAAAUCCCUUUGUAUCUGUGCUCCUUUUGGUCUCCAGGAAUGCAUUCUUUUACUCUCUGGGUUAAUUUUGUUUCACUGCUUUGUUUGUUUCCUCUGGUCACUAUAGUAUUUUUCACGCUGCUUUAAAAUAGAGCUUACACCUAACCAGAGCGGCGGUCUUUGGUUCCUUUCGCUUUGCUGACACAGAGGACUGUUUCCAUCGCCCACGUGAGCUGCUUCCCUCAGCGAUCAUCUUCCUUCCGACCACUCCCUGUGCGUGCUCACGCGGGCGGGGCCAGAGGGCGCUUGUCUCGCCUCCUAAACCUCACUUUAUGUGGAAAUCCUCCCGCCUUUGUAAACAUAUUUCUUAAGAUCUCUCUGUUUUAUCUUUGUCUUCUGCUGCUUAUUUUCUACGAGUUUUGCCUCUUUUCUCUGCAAUCUCACUGUCUCCCCCCCAGAAUACACUUUCCCCCACUCUGGAGUCAGAGGAAUUGAUACUUUAAGGUCCUCCAUUGGCUUCACGUCGCCUUUAACCACCGGUUCAGACGUGCUCGCCUUCAGUCUUCUUCAUGGGAGCUGCAGCAGGAUUUCCCCCUCCCCAGUAAGAGACGUCCAAGAACGCCAGCCUUGGCGUGUGUCCAUACAUGACCUUGGAAGAGAAUGCUGCGUCGCCUGGGGACAACGUUUGGGGAACCCUGUCCACUCCCACGCUCGCGUGCUCCCGCCUCCCUCUUCUGCGAGUUCACCCGUGUGCAGAACGCGAACGCCAGCGACUCCCUUCGGUCUCCCGACUUCCUUCUGAGCGCCUCAUAAAACCCAGGGAAGUUCAAUCAUUCCGCAGCCAGCCUCGGCUCGCUCACUGGGCAUGCUCAGUGGCCAGGUCCGGCUCGAGUGGCGAGUGGUGGCCUUUGGGGCUGGGCUCGGCUAGGCUAUCGCAUCGGCUCGGCUUCCCGGAGCGCGGGCGGGACACAGCGGCCCGUGAGCCCGAGCGAGAGGCGGCCCGCGGUCCCCGGCCGGGCGCAGGGCCCCGCGAGAGCCGCGUCGUUCCGGAACCCGGGAGCCCCCAACUUCGCGCCAAGUUCGGAGCCGCCUUCGGGGGGAGCCAUGCAAAUGAUGACCUGGGACGUCUUGCUAGAAAUGGAGCCGGAGGAGGACGACGACGAGGAUGGGGAUAUCGGUGAUGAUCCUGCCUCCAAGAGGCCUUUUCUGACUCCUCACGCUCUCCUUCCAUCCAGUCAGGUGUUGGGAAACCUUGAACAGACGAUUGUCCCCACUUUUGGAAACCUGGAAAGUCAGCAUAAUUUCCGAACCCCAGAGACUGCAGAAUUUAAUGGAAAGUCUGACGCCCUCUAUUUUAAUGAUGGCCAGCGAAGAAUCGACUUUGUUCUAGUGUAUGAAGAUGAACGUAGAAAAGAGACCAAUAAAAAGGGUUCAAAUGUAAAACAAAGGAGAAAAAGACAAGCAUAUGAAUCUAACCUCAUCUGUGAUGGCCUGAAGCUGGAAGCAACAAGAUCAGUUGUGGAUGAUAAGCUUGUAUUUGUAAAAGUACAUGCCCCGUGGGAGGUAUUAUGUACAUAUGCUGAGAUAAUGCACAUCAAAUUACCUCUGAAACCCAAUGAUCUGAAAACCCGGUCCUCAGCCUUCAGUAAUUUCAACUGGUUCACCAAAUUCUUCCAAGUGGAUGAAAAUAUCAUCAAGCCAGAGCAAGAGUUUUUCACUGCUCCAUUUGAGAAGAACCGGAUGAAUGAUUUUUAUAUUCAAGAUCGAGAUACCUUCUUCAAUCCAGCCACCAGAAGCCGCAUUGUUUACUUCAUCCUCUCUCGGGUCAGUUAUGAAGUGAAGGACAAUGUGAAAAAGUUUGGGAUUAACAGACUUGUCAACUCUGGAAUCUACAAAGCAGCCUUUCCUCUCCAUGAUUGCCACUUCAGCUGGCCAUCACAAGAUGUCAGCUGUCCUAAUGAACGGUACCUUCUGUAUAGGGAAUGGGCUCAUCCUCGAAGCUUCUACAAAAAGCAGCCCUUGGAUCUUAUCAGGAAAUAUUAUGGAGAAAAGAUUGGAAUCUAUUUUGCUUGGCUGGGCUAUUACACGAAGAUGCUUCUCCUGGCAGCAGUAGUUGGAGUGGCUUGCUUUCUCUACGGAUAUAUUAAUCAAGAUAACUGUACAUGGAGCAAAGAAGUCUGUGAUCCUAGAAUUGGCGGCGAGAUCAUAAUGUGUCCUCAGUGCGAUAAGGGUUGUCCAUUCUGGAGACUGAAUAUUACUUGCGAAUCCUCAAAGAAAUUGUGCAUCUUUGACAGUUUUGGAACCCUAGUCUUUGCAGUAUUUAUGGGGAUAUGGGUCACUUUGUUUUUGGAGUUUUGGAAGCGGCGCCAGGCAGAGCUUGAGUAUGAAUGGGACACUGUUGAGUUACAGCAGGAAGAACAGCCCCGGCCAGAAUAUGAGGCACGGUGUACUCACGUGGUGAUCAAUGAGAUUACUCAGGAGGAGGAACGCAUUCCGUUUACUGCCUUCGGAAAAUGUAUACGAAUGACCGUGUGUGCAAGUGCUGUCUUGUUCUGGGUCCUAUUGAUCAUCGCUUCAGUUAUUGGGAUCAUUGUCUACAGGCUGUCGGUGUUCAUAGUAUUUUAUGCAAAACUUCCCAAGGCCUCUAAUACGACAGACCCAAUCCAGAAAUAUCUGACUCCACAGACAGCCACGACCAUCACUGCUUCCAUCAUCAGCUUCAUCAUCAUCGUGAUUCUGAACAUGAUGUAUGAAAAAGUGGCAAUCAUGAUUACUAACUUUGAACUCCCAAGGACCCAAACUGAUUAUGAGAAUAGCCUAACCAUGAAGAUGUUCUUAUUCCAGUUUGUCAACUACUACUCUUCAUGUUUCUACAUUGCAUUCUUUAAGGGCAAAUUUGUGGGUUAUCCAGGAGAUCCAGUUUAUUGGCUGGGAAAAUACAGAAAUGAAGAGUGUGACCCAGGUGGCUGUCUCUUUGAAUUGACAACGCAGCUGACAAUAAUCAUGGGAGGAAAAUCAAUCUGGAAUAACAUACUAGAGGUGGUAUUUCCCUGGGUCAUGAAUAUAUGUAGACUGUAUUUCACGGCUUCGAGCACAGAAAAGAAGACCCCACGAUGGGAACAGGACUACCACCUGCAGCUCAUGGGAAAACUGGGGUUAUUUUAUGAAUAUCUUGAAAUGAUUAUUCAGUUUGGGUUCGUCACCUUAUUUGUGGCCUCUUUUCCACUGGCCCCUCUGUUGGCUCUGGUGAACAAUAUACUGGAAAUAAGAGUGGACGCGUGGAAAAUGACUACCCAGUAUAGACGCAUGGUGCCAGAAAAAGCCCAAGACAUCGGAGCAUGGCAGCCCAUCAUGCAAGGAAUAGCAAUUCUGGCUGUGGUGACCAAUGCCAUGAUCAUUGCUUUCACGUCAGACAUGAUCCCCCGCCUGGUGUAUUACUGGUCCUUCUCUGUGCCUCCUUAUGGGAACCACACUGACUACACCAUGAAGGGGUACAUCAACAAUACGCUCUCCAUCUUCAACACCUCGGACUUCACAGAGAGAAGCCGUGAAAAUCUAGACUCCGACCUUGGUGACCAUACCACAUGCAGGUAUCGUGAUUUCCGGUACCCUCCUGGACACCCACAGCAAUAUAAACACAACAUCUACUACUGGCACGUGAUCGCAGCCAAGUUGGCUUUUAUCAUUGUCAUGGAGCAUCUCAUCUACUCUGUGAAAUUUUUCAUUUCAUAUGCAAUUCCAGACGUAUCGAAAAGCACAAAGAGCAAGAUCAAGAGAGAAAAAUACCUAACCCAAAAGCUCCUUCAUGAGAAUCACCUCAAAGAUAUGACAAAAAGUUUCGGGGUCAUAGCUGAGAGGAUGGGAGAAGUAAUAGAUAACAAUUUACGACCAAAAGUAGAAUAAGAGCUUAUGUUCUGAGAAGCACUUUAAAGAAUUUAGGUCUGUCCAAAUAUAUUAUAAAUCACUAAUGAGAAUGUUUAAGUGAAAUCACUUUGGCAAAUAUGAGUCUUAGCUAUUGCCUUUUUCAUGUAGAUUGUUUUUCAGUUUCAGCUAGUGAUACAGGAACUGGAAAACAUAAAACGUCGAUCAAGAAGACCAUAAUGCCAAUCACCUAGAAAACCAAAAAUAUUACCUUUUUUUGAUAGAUUGGAAUUUCAAUAACAGAAAAAGUCUCUUAGUGUGUUUCAAAACCACUCCUUCUCGAAUGGAUUCCUUUUUCCCUCCGUUUGAUCACAUUCAUGCCCUUCUAUUCUCAAGCACAUGAUCUCUUACUGUUAGGCAGGGUUUCGUUUCUUCGCUUGGCCAGAUCUGUUCCCGAGUUAUCUUUCCCUUACAGUGUCAUCAUUAAAAACUAGACAUGCUAGCUUUGUGUGAUUAAAAAUAGCUAGUUCAGAAUUCAGUUUGAAUGCUGUAUUAAGUGGCAGACAGACUCAAGAAUUCACAGUAUUUAGGUGUAUUAUCACAUCCCUACGGAAAGGAAUCCUCAGUGAAGAAGAGGAAAUAGUUUCAGUCUUCAUUUUGGCCUGUCUUUCCAUCGUAGAGAAAUACUCUUAAUGGAUUGGAGUAAAGAUCGCAAGGUUCUGAGGCAUAUUUGUGCUAAUCCACAGUGACACAUUUAUCUUCCAGAAGUGCUCCUAGAAUGUUCUAUGCCUAAUCACUGUUGACUGCUUUGCAAAUCUCAAGGGACUAGAUGACAAAAGCGGGGAAAGGUACAGAUUCAAAUAGAAUUGUAACUCAUAUUGAUUAGGAUAAUUAAUUUACCUCUUCUAAAGAUGUGUAGUUUCUUGAAAAAAAUGAAAUCGAGUGAUUAAAUUACAUUUUUAUCAACAUGAUGGUCCAGAAAAGAUAAGCCCAUCAAUUUCCCACCAGUUGCCUUUUAUUCAUUAGAUACAGGAGGUCCAGGAUUACAGAUCACAAGCACCAUCAUCAAUGGCUUACCACACAGCCAUUGUCACCUGUUGGUGCUGCACAGGAUUAAGAGAACAGAGGGUGCCCUCGUUGUGAGCCACCCGUGUUCCUGUGUGGGGAGUGCUUUUGGGCAGGGAUUCUUCCUGUCCAGGUGAUCAGCAUUCCAAAGCAUCUGCCAUAAGGAAGGCAGCUCCGUGCACCCUCCAUUCUCUUGUUCCCAGCCCAGUAACUUGUUUGUAAUUGCAUGUUUGCACCGGGAGAGUGGGUGUGGAGAGGGAGGGGGAGAGACAGGAGCAUACCUAGAUUAUUCCCAAUCAAGACAAGUGACUCUGAAUGAAUUUGAUUUGAGCUUCCAGCUUCCCUUAAGGCCAGUCAGGCUAUGAAGGGUAACAAAAGAAAAUGGUUUGGUCGCAAACCCUGCCACCAGCUGGAGGUAACUUCCUCUGCCACCAUGUGUAUCUAGCCCUCAUUUGUUCAGCUCAUCGGUCUUGUCUGCACUUCACUGCCUUUUCAGGUGCCAGGCCCUCUGGUAGGCUCUGGAGGAGAGACAGAGCCCGCAGCCUCACCCUUGACUGUAACAGGGCCAUGCUGGGGGCAGGAGAGGCCAUUUUGCACCAGGCUCUUGCUAGAUGGGCCACCACCCACUGGGAUGCUGCUAAAUGCUCAGGUGCCCCAGGAGCCAAGCCACUCAGAAUCCCAGCAGCAAAGGAAAAUGAAACACGUUUCGGUGAGAUUUAGAGGUCUGUUAUAAUAGAGUAGCUUAACUCCAGGUCACAAUUCUAAAUGCCUGCCAUGAAUGUUAAAACAAAACAAGACAAAACAGUAUUUAUGUAGGGCUCAUCAAAGCAGUAUUCUAGACUUUUGAAUUGUCCCAGUGGAUCAGGGACGACAUUCCACUAACUUUCUUGAUAAUGAUAACAGGAUGAUGAGAGUGCGUUCAUGACAGGCCGUCUGAGGUCUGACUGCACGGGGAGUGAGAAAUGAAUUUCUUCCCGCGGGGAAGCCAUUUCUUACUGCUCCUUCCUGCUCACCUUUGAUACUGCUCCUGGAAGUGGCCUCACUUCCUCUCCUCUUACCUCUUCUCUUCUCCGACGUGUAUGACUAUAUCCUAGUGUUGGAUUUCGCAAUUAUUCAUUCUUUAUGGACACAUAGAAAAGGAAAUGUUUUUGCCUUAUCUCCUUGUAUAUAAAAUAGAACUUCAAAAGAAUUGUGCCUUUGUGUUUUCAUAAAUCACCUUUCAUAAAUCGUCUUUAUAGUUUAAAGUACGCUUCUGUGGACAGGAGGGGGAAAACCUCUACAUUUCUAAAGGCAGCAGUGUAAUGAAUGACACUGCCAAUAUUCCCAAACAGCUACGUUGUAGUGAGGGACCCAGGGUCACCCGUGACACCGACAGUGUUAAUGUAAGUCUAGUGCUGACUUGUCAGUGCUGAAAAAUGUGGGGCUGUGUCUGCAGGCAGUCGUGGGCUGGAUCUAUAAAUGUGAGCAGGGGCAGCACCCCUGGAAAAAGGGUGGGUGUGGCAGCAGACCUAUGAAGGGAAAAUCUGGCCCUAGACCUGCCCAGUGUCAACCACUAGAGACAUGUAGUUUUAUAUUCUGUUGUAAUGCCUGUGAAUUUUAAUGGAUUGAGCAUUGGACGAAAAUACUCAGGGGAUUUUUCUUUAACGUCCCUCGGAUGUUUUAGAUACGCCAAUAGAAAGGGAAAGCUAUCAGUUUUGUUUGAAAACAAAACAAAGCCAUCUUGUAAACUGUUGGUCACCAAAAGUCUUCUCUCUUAAUUGCAUGUGAAUUUCAGAAAGCAUCAAUUCACAAUAGGGGGGCAGAAUGUGCUCUGCUGUUGAAACACUUCUUGUACCAUUUUCCCAUGUUCAUAUUACAUUUUAAGGUGUUUGAAAAGUUACAAUGUAUGAACGGCUUAACUAAAGGAGAACUACAACAUUCAUGAUGCUUUUCAUACACUAUGGCAUAAGAUGUAAAGUUUCCAAUUUUUGUGAAUUUCUGCAUUUUAAUGUUCUUUUAUAAUUAUGAACAUUGUAAUAAAUUCAUUUUUAAAAACAA